AUGGAUGUUCAACAACAACCACAACAACAACAACAACAGAAGCCUGUGUUGACACAUGCUGUAUCGAUGAUUGGAACAACAACUUCGACAUCGACGACGAAUACUACGAUACCAAUAUCACCAAGUACUGGUAAUGAUGUUAUUAUAAAGUUGGUAUUCCCACCAACAUCAUCGGUGGUGACAAAGACGAUUCAGGUCAGAUUGUCACAGAAGGCCAGUGAGAUAGUGGCCUACGCCUCACAAUUGGCCGGUCUACAAAAUGGCUACAGUCUGUAUAUUCAACACUCGCGAGUCACCAGCCGUGGACAAUGGGUCGAUGACGAUGCCCCGCUGUCCGAGUACUCGAUCAACAACAUGGACAACAUCUACCUGAAGCGUCGACCGGGCCUGCGAGUGCGCAAGAACACCUACGCCCAGCUCAAGGGCUUCAAGGAGGGCAAGGUGCAGAAGCUGUCCAGCUUCACUAAGAUAUGGAACCCGCGCUUCCUGCGGCUCUAUUCACAGCGCAUCGUACACACAUCCAAUGAGAACGACUCCAACUCGGAGUUCAUCUCAUUCUCGGACAUCAUCAAUGUCGACCGAGAGCUGUCCAGGAAGUACAGCUUUGUCAUCAGAUACUACAGUACGCCUCAAACCAAGACUGGCGACAACACUGGUCGUGAGGAGAAGGACUACGUCUUCCGUUGUACCAAUCAAGCAGAGAUGGAGGAAUGGGUGUCAUCAAUCAGGACCAUGCUAAAGAAAUCAAGGCCUGAUCUAUUCCUUCCACCAUUGUCUGUCCCAAUGUCAUCGACCAUUGACAACUCGGACAACAACAUGAAUAUUGGAGGAAGCAGCAGCAGCAACAACAUUGGUAGUUUGAGCUCGACAAUGCAAUCCUCAUCAUCUUCGACACUGGGUCACUCACCAAGUAUAUCUACAAAGGGAAGAUCAUUCUCAUUCUCAUUGUCUGCGAUAAAGAAGAAGAGGGAGUCGCCGCCCAUCGUGUCAACGUCAUAUGGCGAGUCAUCUGUGCUCACAAUCAAGAAUCCAGAGGAGGAGUUAAAGAAGGUCAAGGCCUACCUGGAGAAAGAGAUGAAGACGAGGAUCGACCUGGAGAAGAAGUACAGGAAGCUCAAGCACAAGUACUCCAACAUAAAGAUGAAGAACCAUCCUCCUCUUCCUGGUGCCCCAUCAGCCUCAACUUCCUCAUCAAACUUGAUGUUGCCACCAACAACAACUGGCAACAGUGCCUCGACUACUGCAACCACAACGACAACGACGACAUCAUCAUCAUCGAGCAAGACAGGUACAUGGAGUGGAAGUGGCUUCUUGACAAGGAUGAGAUCAUUCUCAACAUCAUCACGUGGAGAUACACCAAAGCAUGCGACUGCACCAAAGCCAGAGUCACCAGACACGACCAACGUUCCAACAUUCACAUUCUCCACACCAAAGUCGGUGGGACCCUAUUCCAAACAGUGGACACCGAGCUCCAGUCCAUUCACUAUUGGUUCAGCAAGAUUGAAGGGCUUCCGAGACUACUCGAGCGAGUAUGGCGGCGGAGGCGGCUCAACAUGUGACAUUACAAGCUCCACCGACACGCUCAGUGUCAUCGAGGAGGAAUAUAGCUCAGCGAUCGCCAUGGGUGACGACCUACGAAGGAUGGAGAUCAAGGACAUGAAGGAGCAGCUGGCCAAGGUCAAGGAUAUGCUGGCGACGGAGAUAUCAAAGAGGAAUGAGGCAGAGCGAGAUAAGUUGUUUGUCGAGAAGGAGUUGUUCAAACAGAGGAAGAUCGUGGAGAAGAAGGAGAGAGAGCUGGUAAAUGAGAAGUCCAAGCAAGAUGAUCAGAUCGAAGCCUUGUCAGAGAUGGUCGUGCGGCUAAAGGAUGCAUUGAUCAAGCUCAAGUCACAACUCAUUGAGCAAGAGGAGUUGGCUGAGGAGAGGCAGCACGACCUCCUGACCUCUACACCAACAUCAUCAUGCAACACAUCUUUGGAGGACAUUGCCAGUGGUGUUAACACAGACAGCAUCAGUUAUAACGAUAUCGACAAUGACAAUGACAAUGACAACGACAAUAGCAUUGCAACAAACAACAACAACAUCAACAACAAUUGCAUGGACAUAUCAAUGGAGGAAGUAAACUGA